CACAGUUACUACAACCCAAGAAGCCAUUGCAUCGGAGCAUUCAAAGAGUUCGAGCACUUGAGAAAUUCCAGAAAUAUUGCCACAUUAUUCCGUACGCUAGUGUUACUGCGGAAGCGCAGACGGCGCAUCCGUGGAAGAAGCAGUAGGCGAAGAUGGUGAAAAAAGCGAUUGAUUCUCGUAUACCAACACUUAUACGGAACAAUGCGCAGGAAAGAAAACGGUCGUUCUUUGUCAUCGUGGGUGAUAGGCAGAAGGACGUAAUUGUAAACCUCUAUCAUAUUCUCCUAAAUGUCGAUCUCAAGUUGAACAAGUCUGUCUUGUGGGCGUACAAGAAUAAGCUCCUAGGAUUUACUUCGCAUCGUAAGAAGCGAGAAAAAAAGAUCAAGAAGGAGAUCAAGAGAGGAAUUAGGGAUCCGGACACUGAAGACCCGUUUGAAUUGUUCAUAAGUACGCAGAGCAUCCGAUAUGUAUACUAUAAAGAGACGGAAAAGAUCCUGGGUAACACGUAUGGCAUGUUGAUUCUUCAGGACUUCGAAGCAUUGACACCGAAUCUGUUAGCGAGGACUGUGGAGACUGUCGAAGGAGGAGGGCUCGUACUCCUGUUGCUAAAAGGCAUGAACAGCCUGAAGCAACUGUACACAUUGACCAUGGAUGUUCACUCAAGAUAUCGAACGGAAGCCCAUGGAGAUGUGGUCGCGAGAUUCAAUGAACGGUUUAUCCUCAGUUUAGGAGGCUGCGAAAGUUGCCUUGUCGUGGACGACGAGUUGAAUGUGCUACCAAUAUCUGGUGGCAAAAACGUCAAACCCUUACCUCCUCCAGCAUCAGAUGAGAUUGAGGAAUCAAAGGAACUAGCCGAUAUGAAGGAAAGUCUUGCGGAAACACAACCAGUCGGCUCGCUCGUUACGCUUGCAAAAACAGUCGAUCAGGCGAAAGCUCUCUUAACCUUCGUUGAUGCUAUCGCCGAAAAGACUCUCCAAAGCACAGUCACACUGACCGCAGGUCGUGGUCGAGGCAAAUCGGCAGCACUAGGUGUAGCUGUGGCUGCAGCUAUUGCCCACGGCUACAGCAACAUAUUCAUAACAUCACCAAGUCCGGAGAACUUGAAGACUCUGUUUGAGUUCGUGUUCAAAGGAUUUGAUGCUCUGGGAUAUCUUGAUCAUGUCGACUACUCGAUCAUUCAAUCUACUAAUCCGGACUUCAACAAGGCUAUCGUGCGCGUGAAUGUACAUCGACAACACAGGCAAACGAUACAGUAUAUUCAACCGCAAGAUGCGCAUGUUCUUGGUCAAGCAGAGCUCGUGGUAAUUGAUGAGGCAGCUGCUAUUCCACUACCUCUGGUACGGAAACUCAUUGGGCCAUAUCUAGUGUUCAUGGCCUCUACAAUCAACGGUUAUGAGGGUACUGGCCGUUCGCUGUCGCUGAAGCUCAUACAGCAACUUCGGGAGCAAGCUAGUGGUUCAAGCAAACCUGCCAACGAUGAUACAAUUAUCGCAGACCGAUCUGGAAAGAAUACUUCAGGAGCAGUCACGACUGGCGGUCGAUCAUUACGAGAAAUUACGCUGUCAGAACCGAUCCGAUAUGCUCCUGGAGAUAGUGUAGAGAAAUGGUUGAACAACCUCCUCUGCCUUGACGCUACGCUUCCGCGGUCACGCCUUCGCACAUUAGGGUGCCCACAUCCUGACGACUGCGAACUUCUCAUUGUCAACCGCGACACCUUGUUUUCCUACCAUCCUGUAUCUGAACGAUUCUUGCAACAGAUGAUGGCUCUCUAUGUUGCAAGUCACUAUAAGAAUUCACCGAACGAUUUACAGCUCAUGUCAGACGCGCCAGCGCACCAACUAUAUGUCCUUGUUCCCCCGAUUGAUCGAACGGCAGCGAAUCAGUCGCUUCCCGAACCAUUAUGUGUGAUCCAGGUGGCUUUGGAAGGUCAAAUCAGUCGCGAGAGUGUGCUCAAUAGUUUAAGUCGUGGUCAGCGUGCUGCUGGAGAUUUGAUCCCAUGGCUUGUAAGCCAACAGUUCCAAGAUGAAGACUUUGCUGGAUUAUCUGGGGCAAGAAUUGUCCGGAUAGCCACCAAUCCGGAGUAUAUGAACAUGGGAUAUGGAUCUAAAGCACUGCAGCUGCUUACCGAUUUCUACGAAGGCAAAUUCAUGAAUCUGAGCGAGCAGGAACCGCGUGAAGAAGAGCACAUGGUACGCGUCACAGAUGCAGAACUGGAGAAUUCGACCUUGCUACAAGACAAUGUUAAAGUUCGGGAUAUCAGCGCCAUGCCUCCCUUCUUCGCGCGACUUCACGAACGCAGACCUCCUACCCUUGAUUACAUGGGAGUUAGUUACGGGUUGACACAGCCUUUGCUCAAGUUUUGGAACCGAGGGGGUUUUGCACCAGUUUAUCUUCGACAGACACCCAAUGAUCUAACCGGCGAACAUACAUCGGUCAUGAUCAGAGCGCUGCACAAGGAUGAAAAUGAUGUCAGCUGGCUGGGCGCCUUCGCUCGUGACUUCCAUCAUCGAUUUUUGAAUUUGCUUUCUUACCAAUUCCGUACCUUCCCUGCGUCUUUAUCACUGACUAUCGAUGCCUCAGCGCUCAAGGGAAGCGAAUUAGACACAUCUUCACCACCGAAGCCCUUGAGCAAAGCAGAGCUUGAUGAAAUAUUUUCACCAUUCGAUCUAAAGCGCUUGGACAAAUACGCCGACCAAAUGCUGGAUUACCAUGUUAUUCUUGAUCUGCUACCGACAAUCGCAACUUUGUACUUCUCCGGGCGAUUGAAAGACGCGGUUAGUCUGAGUAGAGUGCAACAAAGCAUUUUACUAGCCGUUGGAUUACAACGCAAGACCAUCGAGGAUCUGGAAAAGGAGCUCAAUCUUGCGGUAAGCCAACUAUUAGGCUUGUUUGUGAAAAUAAUGCGGAAGUUCUCCACAGCUUUCAGGAACAUGAUCGAAGGUGCAGUGGCCGAGACAAUGCCAAAACCAAAUGAGAAUGGAACAAAUGGCGCAGAAGCUGGGGAUGACUCAAAAUUCAAGCCAGUAGCUAUGACUCUCGAGGAAGAUCUGGAGGAAGGUCGACAAGAGGUGCUUGACGCUGAGAGGCAGCGGGUGAGGGAGCUGAUAAACGCCAACGUAGAAAAGUAUCAACUCGCGGAAGCCUCAGCCGAGGACUGGGAGGAAGCGGAAAAGCAUGUGGCGUUGGGUAAGAGCACGAGCGUCGCUGUGAAAGUCAAGAGCAACGAUUCGAGAAAGAGAAAACCUGGAGAGGCAUUGGCAGAAGCCCAUAGGGAAAUGGAACGUAUAAAAGAGAAGAAAAGGCCCAAGAAGAGCAGGAUGUAGAGAAGAUGCAAAGCAUCGUUUAAUACUCAAGUGAUACCCGAUUGCCUGUCAGUCGCCUAGCCGCCUCUUUGCCCAGGCAGAGGGAGUAUCUUUCUUUUAGGCUCAGGCCCAUCAUUUGUACCGUCCAUAUCUGUAUCCAUGUCAUCGGCCGCAGUAUCUCUGUC